AUGGGGAGUGGGAGCUGAAGAAGACAUGAAGAAUUUGACAGAAAAACACUUAAAAUUGAAGGAUUUGUCUACGUAUGAAGCUCUAAAAGUAACGAAUUUUCGAGAAAAUGGGUAAACUUGAAUGAUGAGAUAAUAACGUUUUCAAAGGAAAAAGGAUCGUAUGUUCCUUUAUAUGGGAGUAUUAGUAAGCAUUUUAAAUUGGUAUUUGAGGACCUUUUGACGUUGGAAAUGAUAAUUGAGUGCUUUAAUAACAAAGGAAAAUUAAAAAAUUGGAAAUUUAAAUUCAAUAAUCAAGCUGAAUUUUUGCAGUGAAGCGAAAUUUGUCAAAAAAUCACAAGGCCAAAAUGAGAUGACAGAAUAUUAAGCAAAACCUGUAAAUGCUGCGAGAAGAAAUUCACUACAUUUUUAAGGCAGCAUCACUGUAGGAAAUGCGGAGCAGCAGUUUGUAAGUGGCAUUCCACGACACGAAUUAGCUUGCCAGAACUAGGCUAUUUUAAAAAAGUUAGAAUUUGCCAAAACUGUGCUGAUUUUAUUAAAUAA